AUGGUCUAUAGGAUUUUUAGCAAUAACUGGUACUCUAUUUUGGUUAAUGGGCAACAACAAGGAUUUUUUCAAUCUAGCAGAGGAGUAAAGCAAGGGGACCCUCUUUCCCCUACUUUAUUCAGAAUAGCAGCAGAAGUCCUAAUAAGGAGUUUAAAUGUACUUCAUCAAAAUAUUCAGUUUAAAGGUUUUGGUAUGCCUAACUGGAGUCCAAAAAUAAAUCAUCUUGCAUAUGCUGAUGACAUGAUCAUCUUUACUUCAGCAGAUGUGGUGUCUUUGCAAAAAAUAAUGAGGAUCUUGAGAAAUUAUGAGCAGACUUCUGGUCAGAAGAUUAAUAUGGACAAAAGUGUUGUUUAUAUGCAUAAGAAAGUUUCAGGAGACAUCAGUAUCACAGUUGAGAUUGUAACUGGCGUUAAGAGAAAAGAUUUUCCUUUCAUGACAAAACCUACCUUGUGGAUUGAAUAUAUGACCAGCAAGUAUUGUAGGAAAGAAAAUACUAUAUUGGUGCAAUGGAAACAGGGAUCACAAACUUGGAAAAGAAUGCUAGAAGCCAGGGACUUAAUAGAAUAUCAAAUUUGGUGGCAAGUUAGGAAAGGGGACUCACUUUUCUGGUUUGAUAAUUGGACUGGAUUAGGAGCUUUAUACUAUGUAAAUCCAGGGAAUACUUAUGAUGCAAGAAUUCACAAUGUCAAAGAAAUGGUAGUACAGGGGAGGUGGAAUAAGAAAAAAUUAAUGGAAGUACUUUCUAAAGACAUUAUUGACCAUAUAACACAGAAUGUAACCAUACCCAAGGAAGAAAGAGACCUUGAUAGACCAUGGUGGAUACUAGACACAAGUGGAGAAUUUACUAUUAAAUCAACUUGGGAUUUUGUUUGGUUAAGGGAACCACAACUGGACAUUUAUAGGUUCAUGUGGAUAAAAGGGUUGCCUUUUAAAAUUUCCUUCUUUCUGUGGAGAUGCUGGAAAUGCAAAAUUCCUACUGAUGAUGUUUUAAAGAAGAUAAACUUUAAUUUAAGGUCAAAGUGUUGGUGUUGUAUAAAUCCUAGCGAGGAUACUAUGCACCAUCUUUUCCUAGCAUCAAAUACAGCUAAAAGGACUUGGUCCUUUUUUUGCAAGGCUGCAGGAAUAAGCAUGGAGGGGGUACAACUACAACAGUUAAUUGUGAACUGGUGGAAGGCACCAGUAACAAAUAGAUUGAAACAAGUAUAUGCUGCAGUGCCAUCAAUUAUAAUGUGGGAACUUUGGAAGAGAAGAAAUGGUAUUAAGCAUGGGUAUAGGAAGAUUAAUAGUCCAGUUAUUUAUCUAGUCUUAAUCUCUAUUCAAAUACUAGUACUAUACAAAAAUCCAUCAAUUAAAACUAUCCCUGCUAAAUGGAAAAAUUUGAUACAAAUGCUAGAGGGAGGCAAGGCAAGAGUGAAGAAGAGGAACAUUGCAUCUCCACAAUAA